AUGUCUGUAGAUCUCCUGCCAGCCGAACUGGGCUUCCGACGCCCUUUCAAUCGCGAAGUUAGCGAGACUCUCAAACUUACAAAUCCCAAUAGCCAACCCGUGGCCUUCAAGGUCAAGACUACAGCCCCUAAGCAAUACUGUGUGCGACCGAACUCGGGCAUCAUCGCGCCCAAUGAAUCCGUCGACGUUCAAGUUCUCCUACAAGCAAUGAAAGAAGAACCUCCACUCGACGCCAAAUGCCGGGAUAAGUUCCUCGUCCAGUCCGUCCUCACUUCGGCCGAUCAAGACCCCAACGUCACAACCCUUUGGCAGACGGUCGAGAAGACAGCCAAAGGAUCCAUCCAGGAGAGGAAGAUCCGUGUCAACUUCCUUCCUGCUACUGCAGCUACCCCCAACGGCGUAUCCUCUCAUGAAGAGCAACCACCAGCCUAUUCUUCCCCGACCCCGCAAUUCGGCUCACCCGCUCAGCAAACCUCAACCAACGCGUCAGCCGCCGAGUCCGUCAAGUCAUCUGUGACAAAUGUUGCGGAAGCGACUGGCCUCACCGCUGCCGCUUCAACCGUUGCCAGCGCUGUUCCCACAUCAAACGAGGAGCUGAAGGAACAGUUAGCAGCCGCAAAGGCUCAGAUUCAAAAACUGACAAGCCAACUGAAAGACCCCCAAGUCCGGCAGCGAAAGGCACAGGAGGCGAAUGAGAAAGUCCAGGCAGUGGUACAGCAAAGCCACGAAUCAGGGGUUCCGUUGCAACUCGUGGCUGCCCUAUGUCUAAUCAGCUUCCUCAUCGCUUACCUCUUCUUCUAG